UAUUUUAUAAAAACAAAAAAAAUUGUUAUACCUGAAUAUGGAAAAAUACUAGCUCCCAAAGUUUAUUUUUACGUUUGUUAUCAGUUGUGUGGUCGUCGUUGACGUAACGUAACUAAACGACGUAACAGCUAUGAAAUGUCACUUUGACAUUACAUCUAAUCAAUCGAUAGUUUUUACUCGGUCGAUAUUUUAUUUUUCUCCGAGUUAAUGGACAAUAAAAAAUAAGAAAUUGGAAAGAAAAUAAUAACAAUCAUACAUUUUUCAUUAAGAACGCAAAAAUUAAAAUUUACAGAUGCAAUCAUUAAUUUAGAAAGUUCGCGUUAGCGAAAAAUAAUUUAAGAUAACGAUUAAAAAUAAAUAUUACAAACACGACAUUGAAGUUCCAUAACUUUUGUUGCUGUUGCUGCUGCUGCUGCUGCUGCCGUUGUCGUUGUCGUGCGAAGAGAAGGUGGUGAAGAUAUUGGAGUACACGGAGGAAGAAGCGUAAAAGCGUAUUACUACAAAUAAACCAACAAAAUGGUGAGCACCAAUUUGGUGGUGCCCGUAGUCCUUUGGGGCCCUACUGCACCUACACAUUGCGUAUCCAGUGUUUAUAUGUCAGACGAUCAAGCAACACUUGUAACUGGCUGUUAUGAUGGACAAAUUUGUUUAUGGCAGGUUGAUCCUAAUACAUUAAAAAUGUCACCACGAUGCCUACUUGUUGGACAUUCGGCACCCGUACUAUGUUUAGUACGCGCUUCAAUUCUACCAGACAACAAUUUUUUAGUUAGUUCAUCUGAGAAUGGAGAAAUGUGUACUUGGGAUCUCAUAGAUGGAAAAUGUUCAGAAGCUGUCAAACUACCACAAGUGCACACACAGAUUCAAAGUUAUCAAACAGCCAAUAGUGAAGAUGUGCGUCUCUUCUGCAUAGGGUACUACGCUGAAAUAAUGGUAAUGGAUCCAUUCAGCUUAGAGGUUAUAUAUGUGUUAAGUUCAAAAGUAAAACCUGAUUGGAUUUCGGCAUUGCAUGUAUUACGUCCAAUGAAACGUAAAGACGAUGUAGUAUUAGCAAUAACAACCACGGGCACAGUUAAAGUGUGGACACUUAUCGGUAAUGAGAAUAAGCUUGCAGAACCCAUUUAUGAAAAUGAAUCAAAAGAAAUUCGGUGUCUUAAUGCAAUAACAAUGAAUUGUUGUGCACAAAAUCAACGAACAGUACUGAUAGUUUGCACAAAAUAUUGGCAAAUUUAUGACGCUGGUGACUUCACAGUGCUUUGUUCUGUUAUUGCACCGACGAGAGAACGUUGGCAGGGUGGUGAUUUUAUUACAUCAGACCGAGUUAUGCUUUGGACUGAUGACGGAAAAGGUUAUUUAUACAAAUUACCGGCUAAUUGCAUACCUGAUAACAAAGAGUUCCAUUCAAAGUCUGUCGUACGUGACGCGCCAUAUCUUUAUUAUGUGCUACAACAGCCAGGUGAUAAAGUACUGUCAUGCCCACCAGCAAUGAAGCUAGUACAAAGUCAACGUGAGAGUAAAACUAACCAUUAUUUGCUGCGCGGAGAUUCGGAAGGUUUUAUUUCCGUGUGGACAACACCUGAUGUGCCAUUGGAUAAUAUAAGUAUAUUACAAGCAAAGCAAAUGCCAGCGCGUUUGCUUAAACCUACCAUUUGCACUUCGUUAGUGGAGGCAUGGGCAGUGAUGGAUCCACCACCAGUUGGCAUACUUGAUCAAUUAUCUCGUAUAACAGAUUCACCGGUUAAAUUAACCUCAAGUAUUUACUUACCACAACAAAGUCGUUUAGUAAUAGGACGUGAGGAUGGUACAAUUGUUAUAGUGCCGGCCACACAAACCGUGAUGAUGCAAUUAUUAGUUGGUAUUAAACAAAAUUUUAGCGAAUGGCCUUCACAUCAAAUUUUGUAUGGCCAUCGUGGUCGAGUGAACUGCCUCUUGUGUCCAUCUCUUGUUCACUCGAGAUACGAAAAGCAACACUUACUCUCAGGUGGUGUAGAUUUUGCAGUUUGUUUAUGGGACUUAUACAGUGGAAGUUUGCUGCAACGAUUUUGUGUGCACGCUGGUGAAAUUACUCAAAUGCUUGUGCCACCGGAAACUUGCAGUUCACGUAUUCUUAAAUGUAUUUGUUCUGUUGCUUCAGAUCAUUCUGUAACUUUGCUUAGCUUGCAAGAACGUAAAUGUGUGACACUAGCCAGUAGGCAUUUAUUUCCUGUUGUUAAUAUUAAAUGGCGUCCUAGAGAUGACUUUCUUAUCGUGGGCUGUUCUGAUGGAUCUGUGUAUGUAUGGCAAAUGGAAACUGGACAUCUUGAUAGAGUAUUACACGGUAUGUUAGCUGAAGAAGUUUUAACAGCAUGCGAUGAACAAUCUAUAGAAGAAGGUGGAGGAAAUGGUAAUGGUACUGGUACUGGUAGCGGUACGUUAGCCGCUUCUGAAAUGGGUAUGGCAAACCCAGCUGUACAUUUCUUUCGUGGCAUUAAAUCACGUAAUAUGAAUGCUAUACGACAUGCUACGCAAAGAGGUAUACAUCAAUUGCAACAAUUACAAGGACAUAAUCAAGGAAAUUUUGAUUUCUUAAUGAAACAUCGAAGUAAUCCGCUAACUAUACAAGGUUUACGUACAAAUCCCAAAGAUGCUGAAAGUCAUAUAUUAUUUUUUGAUAUUGAAGGUCUUAUAUUUGAAUUACAUAGUGAGGAAUAUGCUAAAAUGACACCCGCUGAUUUAGAAGCUCUUGGAGUUGUAUUGGCGAAUCCUAAGGAUAAAGCAGCUCACUUAGAUGCUUCCAAGAAGAUAAGUGACUUUUUUGGCAUAGUGAAAAACAAAGCCGGAGAUAUGGAAAAAAUUCUAAAAGAUAAAGAUAAACAUGGAAUUGUACAAAAAUUUAAAGAAAAAACUGAAAUUGUGGAAAAGAAAGUUCAAGCAAAAGUGGAAAGUAUACAGAAAGCAGUGGAAACUCAAGAAGAAAAGGAAGAUCUUAAAAGUAAAAUUGCAUCAAAAUUGGAAGUUACGCACGUUAUGGAAGUUGCUCAGUUAUUGUUGUCAUUAUUGCAUUCCUGGGGUCUAGAUAGUCAUUUAGACAAGGUGUGUGAGUCGCAAUUAGGUUUAUUACGACCAAUGGUACCAAUAUCAUUUGGUGUGCUUUCAAAAGGCGGUUAUAUGUCAUUACUGCUACCAACGUGGCAAAAUAAUUAUGAAAUUCCAGAGGGUUUACCAAUACCAAGCAGUUCAAAAAAACGUGAUAUACGUGCUGAUCUAUUGAGACAAGAACAAUUAACCUCGAUAUUUACAUCACUCUUACAUUGGGAAUUAAGUACAACAUUAACUUCAAAUCAUAUCUUAGCUUUAGUGGCUAUGUCAAAUACGCUAAUGUCAAUGAGUUCCGCUACAUUCUUAACUGAUAGCGAGAAAGCUAAAAAACUGCAACGUCUAGCUCAACGUACUGAUUCAAGUUUAGCUACUGAAGAAGAGCGAGAAGAACUAAUUGCUCAGCAUACCUCACAAAUAAAACAGGGUUGGAGUGAUCUAUCAACUCAUCACUGUUUUCAAUUACCUGAAAAAAUCGAAGCAUUAGAACCAAAGAAAUUUAAACGUCCUCAAGUGGAAAUGAUGGCCAAACGUUGGCAACAUCAUUGCAUUGAAAUUCGUGAAGCUGCACAACAAAUUCUUCUAGGUGAAUUAAGGCGGCUUGGACCACGUGGACGUAAGCAACUUGUUGAAAGUUGGGCGCAGUAUUUACCACUAUAUACGCAUUCAGAACCUAUAGUACAGCAACAGAAUGCAAAUCCAGCACAAAAUGUUAAUAGUACUAAUGGUCAAAAUAGUACCGGAAAUGGUGUUGCUACAAAUGGUGAAAAUCAAGAGGAGGAUUACGAAGAAGAGGAAGAAGAAAUUAUUCGUAAACCUUCGAGUUUAUCUGAAUUAAAAAGAAAACAAACAACAGCUGUUAUACUGUUAGGAGUUAUAGGUGCCGAAUUUGGACAAGAUAUAUCGCAAGAUUCACCUAGUCAUCAACGUAUUACCAAUGAGCGACGUAAAUCAUCUGUUGUGGAAUCGUUUGGUAUUGCAAACAAUUUAGCACGUCUAACUUCAAUGGCACUAGCACAUUUACUCUAUGCACCACCUUCAGCAAAACUUCCGCAAUAUACACCUUUACGUCGAGCAGCAAUAGACUUAUUGGGACGUGGUUUUACAGUAUGGGAGCCUUAUCUUGAUGUUAGUAAAGUAUUGCUAGGUUUAUUGGAGAUAUCCUGCGACGGUAAAUUUGUGCCGAACUUAAACUACAAAUUACCACUCACUCCACAAGCGGAUGCCUGUCGUACUGCACGUCAUGCGCUCCGACUAAUUGCAACAGCAAGGCCAGCUGCAUUUAUUACAACAAUGGCACGGGAAGUUGCACGCUAUAACACAAUGCAACAAAAUACACAAGCAGUGAAUGUGCCACUAACACAAUCUGUGUUAUAUAGAGCAAAAUCUGAAAUUUUACAGUGCGUUGAAAUGCUAAUAGAUAAAAUGCAAGCCGAAAUCGCGUCUUUACUUGUAGAAGUGAUGGAUAUAACAUUACAUUGCGUGGAUAAUAAUGAAUUGAAAAGCCGCGGUUUGGCAGAGGUCUGCCCCUCUAUUUGCAAAUUCAAUCAGAUAUCACAUUGCGCACAAACUCGUCGCAUUGCGGUUGGUGCUAAUAAUGGUAAUUUGGCCAUCUAUGAAUUGCGUCAAAAUAAGUGUCAAAUGAUUCCAGCACAUACGCAUCCCAUUACUUCCUUAGCAUUUUCACCUGACGGUAAAUGUCUGGUCUCAUAUUCAUGCAGUGAAAAUCGUCUUUCAUUUUGGCAAACAAGCACUGGCAUGUUUGGAUUGGGACAAUCACAGACACGUUGCACCAAAGGUUACUCGACUGCACCUAUUCCCGAUGUAGCACGUUUGAAUCCAAUGCGUUUAGCUAAAUUGGUCUGGAUUAACAAUCGUACGGUGACUUUAUUACUAGCCGAUGGAUCGGAAACACGUUUUAAUGUUUAGACAAAUGUAGUGACUGUCUGUUAUAGUUGUACUAGGGUAGCUCAAGCUAGAAGAAGUGUUAACGGUAUUAAAUUAUAUUUAUACAUAUAUAUAUAUAUAUAAACUUAUGAGUAAACUAUAUAUUUGCAUAAGUUGAAAAC